CUAGACAGACAGCCUGUCACAGCAACACCAAAGUUUGGAAUGGAACUGGGGUAGCUCAUCAGAAGAUAUUAACUAUGGCCACAUGUACUCUACAGGGGAAGAAGUUCUACUGCCGGGAGUGGGCAUUCCAGAAGCUGCUGCACAGUCUGGAGAGCAGACCAGCCUCCAAGACAUGUGGCACUCUCAUCAUGGGUGGGCCAGGCAGUGGCAAGACUUCCAUAUGCUCCGAGGUAGUCUGGCCCACAUCAAACCAUGGCAAGCAGAAGAGCCUCAACAAGCGGAUGCUGGCCUACCACUUCUGCCAAGCACAUGACCUGGACACCCUCUCCGUACCCAACUUCAUCCUGGGACUAGUUAGUCUGAUUUCAAGAUCAACGUUGAUCCAUGGAUAUGAUGAAAAACUACGCAAUCCUAAUGUGCAGGCAGUUUUGGAACCAGCUGCCUGUGAGAAGAAUCCUGAUGAAGCUUUCAAGAAUGGAAUAUUGCAACCACUGUGUUCUCUGAAUCCCCCCUCUCGGAAUUGCUUUAUCCUUGUGGACUCUAUUGAUGAGGCCUAUCCAAGGCUUGACGGUGAGAGAUGCUCCACUAGUAGAACUAUUGCAGAACUCCUUGCUAAUCACCACGAACUGUUUCCAUCAUGGCUGUGCCUAAUAUGCAGUGCACGCCGUCAGAGCAAAUCAGUAACCCGUAUGUUUACUGGGUUCAGAAAAUUGAGUCUUGAUGACUUACGGAAAUCGCAUGUGGUGCGCGAUGUACAGCAGUAUAUUCUUUGCCGCCUGGAUCGAGAGGAAUUGCUCAGGCAGCAGCUUAGUCGAGACACUGCAGAAAUGCUAAACCAGCUACAUAUCAAAAGUAAUGGAUGUAUGAUGUACCUUGAAAAAGUCUUAGAUGGAGUCGCGAACAAUUUCAUACAGCUGAAGGAAAUCUCAGAUAUACCUGGGACACUAAAUGGACUGUACCUGUGGCUUUGUCAGCGUCUGUUUAUCAAGAAACAGUUCACAAGGAUAAGACCAAUUUUCAAUGUCAUGCUGGCAGCACAAUGUCCACUGACAGAUUCAGAACUCUAUGCGUGCACAAGGACUCAAAACACAAGCCUUACAGAAGUAGACUUCCAAGAGAGACUUGUGAAAAUGGGACAACUCUUGGUGCGAGGAAAGGACCAGAGACUUCUCAUCUUCCAUUAUAGUUUUGUGGAGUGGCUCCUAGAUGUAAAACACUGCACACGGAAAUACCUGUGCAGUAUGGCAGAGGGGCAUGCCAUGAUCGCCAUGAGGUACUCGUGUGAAGCUCCAAAUCUCACCCCAGCACAGGUGCAAAAUUUUGCUGCUAAUCUCCUGCAGGCAAAAUUUGUGCCUCCAUUAGAGCCCCACCACCUCACUCUGUGGCUGAUGUGGAUGGGUACUCCACUGAAAGACUGCCUAAUGAGCUCAACACCUAAAAGUCAACAGGUGUUGCAACUGCUUGUGUCAGCAGGGGCAAAGGUGAUAGAUCUGGAUGAAAGUUCUAUUGCCCUCCAGGAUGCACUUGACAGGGAAGAUUCUCUCAAGACCUUACUUGAGAGUGGUGCAUCUAUCAAUCAGGUGGAUAGCAACGGGCGUUCGCUUCUUGCCAAUGCUGCGUACUGCGGCAAUUUAAGAGUGGUGAAGUUCCUACUGGCCAGAGGUGCAGACUCAACAAUAACUGACAGGACUGGUCAGACUGCAUUGGGACUGGCUGCCCGACAGGGGCACUGUGAAGUUGUCAGUGUACUCAUUGAAUAUCAUGCUGAACUGGACCAUGUAGAUCAUGAUGGCUGGACACCACUACGUUCAGCAGCAUGGGCUGGACAUGCUGAUGUUGUAGCUGCUCUUUUGGCUGCUGGGGCAAAAGUGGAUUGUAGCGACACUGACAAACGAACUGCACUACGUGCUGCAGCCUGGGGUGGCCACUGUGAUAUUGUAAUGAAUCUAGUAGAACACGGUGCAGAUGUUAACCAGGCUGAUAAUGAAGGGCGCACACCUCUCAUUGCUGCAGCUUACAUGGGGCACAAGAAGAUCAUUGAAUAUCUACUAGAUAAUGGUGCUGAUAUCAAUCACGUGGACUGUGAUGGCCGCACAGCACUCACUGUUGCUGCAAUGUCAGUGGCUGUCAGCCAAGGCCACACAAGUGUCAUUACCCUUCUCAUUGAAAGGGGAGCAAGUGUCGAUCACAGUGACAAUGAAGGUAUGUCUCCACUGAUUGUUGCUGCCAGCGAGGGACAUCAGACAGUUGUCGAGCUCCUUCUUGAAGGUGAUGGUGACAUCGAUCACACAGACAAUAACAAUCGCACUGCAUUGAUAGCUGCCUCUAACAUGCGCCACACUGAUGUUGUCAAGACACUCCUUUACUGGGAUGCAGCUGUGGAUACAAUUGAUAAUGAAGGCAGAACUGUUCUCUCAAUCGCUGCUGCUGAGGGCAAUGCAGAGGUUGUACGCAUGCUUCUUGACCGUGGCCUGGAUGAGAUGCAUAAAGAUCAUCAUGGUUGGACUCCACUUCACAUGGCUGCUUAUGGAGGCCAUAGAGAAGUCUGUAGGGUGUUUCUCAGCCAGACUAGUCAUGUUUCUGUUGACAUAAUGGACAGAGAUGGAAGAACACCACUGACUCUUGCAGCUCAAGAGGGCAAGCUGGAGACAGUAAAGGAAUUACUUAACUACAAUGCAAACAUUCACCACACUGCUCAUGAUGGACGCAGUGUUGUCAGAGCUGCUGCAUUGGAGGGUCAUCAAGAGGUUGUCCGGCUACUCAUUGAGGGAGAUGCAGAUAUCAAUUACAAAGAUGCAGAGGGUAGGUCCACACUGUAUAUGCUUGCUCUAGAGAACAAGGUCCUCAUGGCCCAUUUCUUGCUGGAAUGUGGUGCAGACACAGAAAACCCUGAUUUUGAAGGGAGAACACCUCUUCAUGUAGCUGCCUGGCAGGGUCACACAGAGAUGGUCAAUGUACUCCUAAGUUUUCAUGCAAACCCAAAUGCAAUGGACAAAGAGAAGCGUUCUGUUCUGCAAUCAGCUGCAUGGCAAGGACAUGUUAUGGUAGCCAAUUCUCUUCUGGAAAAGGGAGCAAAUAUAAACCACACUUGUAAUCAGGGUGCCUCUGCACUUUGUAUAGCAGCCCAAGAAGGUCAUGUAGAUGUUGUGAAGUGUCUCCUUGAGCAUGGAGCAGAUCCAGCCCAAUCUGACAAACAUGGUCGGACGGCCAUGAAGGUUGCCCUCAAAGGUGGCCACCAAGCCAUCAUCAAGCUCUUGGAAAAGUGUGGAGUGCCAAAUCCACUCUCUCCAUUGCCAUCAAGAGCUGCCCAUAAUCGGAAAAAUUGUUGCGGAACAGGUGGUUCUUCGUCUUCCAAUCAGAGCAGUGAAAAUGCAAAGACCAUUUCAUCCAGCAUGUUGACCAAUGGUGGGCUGAUGCAAGCUAGUUCUUCAUCUAACUCCCCUGAUUCCACCUUUGACCAGAGAAAAUCCUCUGUAUCCAACCAGUCAUCCAAGUCUUCAUCAAAUCUAACAUCAGUUUCGACUGUUAAUUCAACCUUACAUCUCCAUCCACCGAAGGAGAACAGCCAGCGAAGUUCAACCUUUACAGAGGUACUACAGCAUCUGGCCCCUCAAAACAAGAAGAGGAGUGGAAGCUCCCAUGGCAGAGCACCAGAGUCCUGCAGAAAUCAGUCUGUGUUGGCAAAGGUUACACCAGCUUCCUCCUUUCAGACCAUACCUGAGAAUAUUGUAACAACCCACAGCACUGACAAAACACAGCCUGGAAGUUCUAAGUCUCACACAGGUGCUGUGCAGUCUCCAAGAAGAUCACCAUCUCCUCAUAUCUCCUCCAGGUCUACCUCUCCAAGCCUACAGCCAUCCAGCCCACUGUCUCAAGCCUCACUUCAAUCUCCGGUCCGGAUGUCGCCACAAACAUCGCCAUCACAUUGCCAUUAUCACAAUAACAACAAACCAGUGUUUCCCUUCCAGAAUCCUCAGUGUACAUCACAGGUAGCAGUAGAAGUACACAGUAAUCCAGAGAUCAGAUCUGCCUCACCACAACCUAGAAUGGGAGUUCACAAAUCUCCGAAAUUUGAGAGAAAAGCAAGGUCUUCCUCUUUAAGAGAAAAAAAGAUGGCUAAUCAUCAGGCACCUCCCCAGAAUGGCCACAAUCACAUCAAUGGCCAGCCUCCCUAUCAACCCUUACCACAGGGUCACCAGCAUCAGUCACUGCAACACAUCUCAGCCAUCAAUGGGAAUCAUCACAAUUCAUGUCAGAUGCAGUCCCAGGGUUUUCAUCCAUUCUACUCCCCUCCAAGCCAACGCAGGUUCCAACCCUCUGUGCAACCCCAGUGUUGCCUCAGGACUGGUGCACAAACCCUUGAACAAUCUCCUGAGAACAGACCCCAUGGAGGGCCUGCCCACCAUCGCUCCAACUCGCAGCCCGUCCACAUGAUGGAGUGUCACUGUCAUGAACAUGUGCACUUCCAGCGCAAAGCAUCCCUACCUGUAUCCUUCAAUCAGAUUAACCUGCAGCGAGUACUCUCGGCAACACCAGCAGCCCCUGGUUCACCAGAAACAAGACCAAGACGAAAUGGUAUUGUGACCAAUCCUAACUAUAAGAACUAUCACAACAAAAUGGGACUUCAUGGGAGUCAAACCAUGUUGACGCAACAACCGAGCAUCAUCACAGGUGACAACCACAAAGGUCUCUCUGCUUUGGAACUUAAGCAAGCUAUGAAGACCAGCUUUGAGGGAUCAUGCAGGAAUGGAUACAAAAAGGAAACACCAUUGUAAUUGUUGUUACGGACAGGACACUGCACACAGGAACACCAGUCUCAAUCCAAGACCCUGGGAAUAUCUACCAACUCCUGCCCUGUGUAGCUCUUCCC